CACGCCUUACGACAGGUUCUGCCCCUUCUAUAAGACGGUGGGAAUCCUGCGAAAUAUGAUUACGUUUUACGACUUAGCGAAACACGCCGUCGAGUCGACAGCACAGGGAGAGAACCGCAUCACUUGGUCCACCAUUCGGGAGGCUAUGGGAGACAUUCUCUAUCAGUUGAGUUCAAUGAAGUUCAAGGAUCCUGUGAAGGACGGCGAGGCACAGAUCCGCAAGGAUUUUGAAGAGCUCUACGAGAAUAUGCAGACCGCGUUCAGAAACCUAGAGGACUAGAGGGCUAGACACGUGU